AGCAACCCAAUCCAUUCGUCGUCGAAACUGGAGUAACGUCGUCGUAUCGGUGAUCUCUCGGCGGUACUGUAAUUUACAUUCCCGUCGAAGAAACCACUGUACACUCUGGUGCACGCGUCUCUUUCUGUGUGUGUGUGUACGUGAUACAAGGAAAAUCGUUGGAUCGAAAGAAAUGCUUCGUUCGUGGAUAACCAGGAAUUCGUCCUUGUUGCCAGUAUACGCGGGAGUUCACAUAAAUCACCCAGAUGUUUGUACCGCGGAGAACUCGUUGCUCGCUCCGGCAUGGAAAUUACGCAAUAUUUCGAUUCGACAGAAUCGACUGAAUCAUCAGGUACAAAGUAACCUCUCGUACAUGAAGCUCGGCGGAGACGUACCUUUGACGGACACUACCGUGGGAAAAUUGUUGGAAACCGCUGUGGAAAGAUGGCCAGAUAGAGAAUGCGUGGUGUCGAUCGAUCAAGACGUGCGUCUCACGUUUUCGGAGGUGCUCCGUCGUGCGGAUCGUUUGGCAGCCGGUUUGACGAAACUUGGUAUAAAGAUGGGCGAUUGCCUCGGUGUGUGGGGCCCGAACGACGUCGAGUGGUUAAUUAGCUUCAUGUGCGCCUCCAGAGCGGGUCUAGUUUUGGUCACGAUCAAUCCGACAUACCAAAUCGACGAGUUGAGUUACUGUAUACAAAAGGUUAACAUGAAGGCGGUGAUAUCGCCGGUUAAUUUCAAGAUGCAGAAUUAUCCACGCAUGCUGCUCGAAGCUAAACGAAGGUGUCCCAGUUUGGAGCAUAUAAUUAUCUAUUCGAAGGAUCACGUGACGGGCACUCAACGUUUCAGAGACGUGGAGGAGAGCGCCUCGAGGAUCGAGACUGAGCGAGUCGCGGCUCGACAGGAGGAGAUAUCCUGUCACGCGGGUAACAAUGUACAGUUCACCUCGGGAACCACUGGUAUGCCUAAGGCAACGCUUCUCUCCCAUAGAUCACUGGUGAACAACUCGAAACAGGGAGCGACGAGAUCGGAAUUAGCCACUGGACAAAGGGUCUGCUUGAACGUUCCAUUCUUUCACGCGUUCGGCGUAAUUAAAGGAUUGCUCUGUACGCUUCACGCUGGGACCACGCUCGUUCUUCCAGCUCGGUCCUUCAACCCCGUGAAAGCGGUGGAGGCAAUCGUACGAGAGAAAUGCGACAUCGUUUACGGGACACCGACGAUGUGGAUCAAUUUACUGGACGUCCAUCAACGUCUUAAACCGCCGCCGAUAACUCUCUCGUGUGGAGUGACCGGUGGUUCCCCGACGUCGCCGGAGCUCGUCAAGAAGAUAAAAGAGUGCUUUCAUUUCGACAAUUUGAAGAUGAUAUACGGGCUGACGGAGACCACGGCGAUCAACUUCCACUCUCUGCCCAACGAGCACAACGAAUUGACGGAGACCACGGUUGGUUAUCUUUCCAAUCACAUCGAAGUAAUGGUCGUUGACGUGAACGGCAAGGCUGUUCCCUUUGGUACACCCGGGGAACUCUGGGUCAGAGGGUAUUGCACUAUGAAAGGAUACUGGGGCGACGAGGAGAGCACUAAGAAGACUUUUACCGAAGACGGUUGGCUGAAAACCGGCGAUCGAUUUAUUCUUAGAUCGGACGGUUACGGACAGAUUGUCGGUAGACUGAAAGACAUGCUAAUUCGAGGCGGGGAGAAUAUUUUUCCAAAGGAGGUCGAGGAUAUGCUGAUGACGCAUCCCUCUGUGCUCGAGGCGCAAGUUAUAGGGGCCUACGAUAAAGUGUACGGAGAAGAAGUGUGCGCAUGCGUGCGCCUUCGAAACGGCGCGAGUCUCACGAAAGAAGAGCUGAGGGAGUACUGUAAGAAACGAAUGGCGCCGUUCAAGAUACCGCGUUACGUGGAAUUCGUGGACGAGUAUCCGAAAACCGCCAGCGGAAAGGUACAGAAGUAUAGAUUGAGAAAGGAACUGGAACAGAAAGGUGUGAUUCCUUCCCAGUAGGGCGACGAUGCUUCAACGAGGAUUAAACAAGACUUAUCGCUGUUCUUAAUAGUCCGAUUUUUGAAAUUAACGAGAACACGUCGAAAUCUUCACGAUCGAUCUAUAAAAAUAAAGAAAUACGAGUGAUAUAAUUUUUAAACGUAUGAUUCUUUUUUGCACGCGG